UCUGUCGUUAUUGUGAUAUAGUAAUUAUUGAUAAUUAAAUCUUCAGGAAAAGACAUAUUCGUUAAAUUUUUUAACACUAACAAUAAUAUUUAAAUUACAACAUGAAUGCACCUCCAACCUUUGAAUCAUUUCUUCUGUAUGAAGGAGAGAAAAAAAUAAUUAAAGAACAAGACACUAAAGUUCCCAAUGCUGCGAUUUUUACUGUUAAUAAAGAAGAUCAUACCCUUGGAAAUAUGAUCCGCAAUCAGCUGUUGAAGGAUCCUCAAGUUUUAUUUGCAGGAUAUAAAGUCCCACAUCCAUUAGAACAUAAAUUUGUAAUUAGAAUUCAGACCACAUCAGACUACACACCACAUGAAGCUUUUAUGCAUGCUAUUACAGAUCUUAUAGCAGAACUUUCACUAUUUGAAGAACGUUUUAAGGAAGCUAUUAAGGAAAAGAAGGAAGGGCUGGAUUAAAUCAGCUUUUUUUAUGCAUUAACUUUAGAUGUUAAGAAAUGUAAAUAAAGUAUUAAUACAUAUGUAUAUCAUGGAUUGUAUUACUAAGU